AGAUCAUCUAGCAGCAGGUCUGGGCACCUCCAGCUGCUGCUCCCCGGACGGCUCCCAGGGAGAGCAGACGCGCCACCCUCGGGGCGCCGACAGUCACGGUUCCCGGGCUGGUGCUGGUCCCGCCCUCAGCUGCCUUCUGGGCCCAGUCUCCACUUUCAGCAGACCCGGCACUCAGAGGCUUCCUGGAGCAGCCGCGGCCCCUCCACAGUGGCCCAGGAGCAUGGGGUCAGCCUUUGAGAGGGUGGUCCGGAGAGUGGUCCGGGAGCUGGACCACGGCGGGGAGCUCAUCCCUGUGACCAGCCUGCAGAGCUCCACUGGCUUCCAGCCCUACUGCCUGGUGGUCAGGAAGCCCUCAAGCUCCUGGUUCUGGAAACCCCGUUAUAAAUGUGUCAACCUGUCAAUCAAGGACAUCCUGGAGCCGAAUGCCCCGGAACCAGAUUUGCAGCGUGGCAGCAGCUUCCACUUCUACGAUGCCAUGGAUGGGCAGCUGCAGGGCAGCGUGGAGCUGGCAGCCCCAGGACAGGCAAAGAUCGCAGGCGGGGCCGUGGUGUCUGACAGCUCCAGCACCUCGAUGAAUGUGUACUCGCUGAGUGUGGACCCUAACACCUGGCAGACCCUGCUCCGUGAGAGGCACCUGCGGCAGCCAGAGCACAAAAUCCUGCAGCAGCUGCGGAACCGCAGGGACAAUGUGUAUGUGGUGACGGAGGUGCUGCAGACACAGAAGGAGGUGGAAGUCACGCGGACCCACAAGCGGGAGGGCUCAGGCCGGUUUUCCCUGCCCGGAGCCAUGUGCUUGCAGGGUGAGGGCCAGGGCCACCUGAGCCAGAAGAAGACGGUCACCAUCCCCUCGGGCAGCAUCCUCGCAUUCCGGGUGGCCCAGCUGGUUAUUAACUCCGACUUGGACGUCCUUCUCUUCCCGGAUAAGAAGCAGAGGACCUUCCAGCCACCCCCGACAGGCCACAAGGGUUCCACGGGCGAAGGCGCCUGGCCACAGCUGUCCUCUGGCCUCUCCACGAUGGGGUGCCUCCCCAACUUCCUGACAGAUGGGGUCCCUGUGGAGGGGACGUUCACUGAAGACUUCCAGGGCCUACAGGCAGAGGUGGAGACCAUCUCCAAGGAACUGGAGCUCUUGGACAGAGACCUGUGCCAGCUGCUGCUGGAGGGCCUGGAGGGGGUGCUGCGGGACCAGCUGGCCCUGCGAGCCUUGGAGGAGGCGCUGGAGCAGGGCCAGAGCCUUGGGCCAGUGGAGCCCCUGGACGGUCCAGCAGGUGCUGUCCUGGAGUGCCUGGUGCUCCCCUCCAGAAUGCUGGCGCCGGAACUCGCCGUCCCUGCUGUCUACCUGCUGGGGGCACUGACCAUGCUGAGUGAAACACAGCACAAGCUGCUGGCGGAGGCGCUGGAGUCGCAGACCCUGUUGGGGCCGCUCGAGCUGGUGGGGAGCCUCUUGGAGCAGAGUGCCCCGUGGCAAGAGCGCGGCACCAUGUCCCUGCCCCCCGGGCUCCUGGGGAGCAGCUGGGGCGAAGGGGCACCGGCCUGGGUCUUGCUGGACGAGUGUGGCCUGGAGCUGGGGGAGGACACUCCCCACGUGUGCUGGGAGCCGCAGGCCCAGGGCCGCGUGUGUGCACUCUACGCCUCCCUGGCACUGCUAUCAGGACUGAGCCAGGAGCCCCACUAGCCUGCGCCCGGGCAUGGCCUGGCAGCUCUCCAGCAGGGCAGAGUGUUUGCCCACCAGCUGCUACCCCUAGGAAGGCCAGGAGCCCAGUAGCCAUGUGGCCAGUCUACCAUGGGGCCCAGGAGUUGGGGAAACACAAUAAAGGUGGCGUACGAAGGAAA